GUGUCUCUUAAAAAUGGUCAAGGGGAAUAUUAUAGUCCCUGAAGACAUCUUGAGCUUCUGUUGCAAUGGCCUCCAGGGCUCGACCUCUGCACCCCGUGCCCGGGAGCCAGGGGAGCAGGAGGAGGCACCGGGGGCCAUGGCGAGCGCCCCGGCUGCCCACAACCCCACCGAGGUGCAGAUGAGCCAGCUGGUGCAGCCCUGCCACACCAACCACCGCGGGGAGCUCAGCACCGGCCAGCUGCUCAAGUGGAUCGACACAGCCGCCUGCCUCUCGGCCGAGAGACACGCCGGCUGCCCGUGCGUCACGGCUUCCAUGGACGACAUCUAUUUUGAGCACACCAUUAGCCAGCCGUCUGCCAGCCCUGCUGGGCAGCGGGACGGGAGGAGCGCGCUCGGCGUCGGGCAAGUUGUCAACAUCAAAGCCAAAGUGAACCGAGCCUUUAACUCCAGCAUGGAGGUGGGCAUCCAGGUGAGCUAUGAAGACCUGUGCAGCGGGAAGCACUGCAGCAUCUGCAAGGCGUACGCCACCUUUGUGGCACAGGGCCCCAUGGGCAGCAAGGUGAGGCUGGAGCCUGUGAUCCCACAGACAGAGGAGGAGAAGAUCGAGUACAGCAUCGCCGCCGAGCGCCGCCGCAUGCGCCUGGUGCACAAGGACACCCUCAAGGACCUGCUCACCAGCAGCCCCCAGGAAACUGAGCUGGAGACGCGGGACGGCAGCGGGGCGGUGCCGGCGGAAAGGACGCGUGUGGAGAGUGUGGAGCUGGUGCUGCCUCCCCACGCCAACCACCUGGGCAACACCUUCGGGGGGCAGAUCAUGGCCUGGAUGGAGAACGUGGCCACCAUCGCAGCCAGCCGUCUGUGCCAUGCCUACCCCACGCUGAGGGCCAUCGAGAUGUUCCACUUUCGGGGCCCGUCGCAAGUUGGGGACCGCCUGGUGCUCAAAGCCAUUGUCAACAAUGCCUUCAAGAACAGCAUGGAGGUGGGGGUGAGCGCCGAGGCCUACGGGCAGGAGAUGUCUGUGAGCCGCCGGCACAUCAACAGCGCCUUCAUGACCUUCGUGGUGCUGGACCAGCAGGGCCAGCCCCGCACGCUGCCUAUGGUGGCACCUGAGCCAGGGGAUGGAGAAAGGAGGUACAGAGAAGCCAGUGCUAGGAAUAAAAUUCGGCUGGACCGAAAAUACGUCGUCUCUUGCAAACAGACUGAGGUGCCACUCUCCGUGCCCUGGGACCACAGCAACAAGGUCUAUCUGAGCUACAACAACGUCUCUGCGCUGAAGAUGCUCGUGGCCAACGCGAACUGGGCGCUUGCCAGAGAGAAGGAAAAGGUGCGGAUGUACACGCUGGAGGAGGACAAGUUCCUGUCCUUCCGCAUCGAGAUGUCCGUGUGCAUCCCGGCCAGCCGAGCCUUCUCCCUGCUCUCCAACCUGCGGCGCCGGCACGAGUGGGACAGCCACUACGUGAGUGCUGAGCUUGUCCAGAAGGUCGAUGACGAUGACAUGAUCUACCACGUGGUGAGCCAGAAGCUCAGGAAUGAGAACAAGCCGCAGGACUUUGUUAUCCUGGCGUCCCGGCGGAAGCCCUGCAGCAAGGGGGACCCCUACGUGGUGGCCUUUCGCUCGGUGACGCUGCCCACGCACCCCGCCAGGCCCGAGUUCACACGCGGGGAGACGCUCUGCUCCGGCUUCUGCAUCUGGCCGGAGUCACAGGAGAUGAGCAAGGUGGCUUAUUACAACCAGGCCAUGCCGGGGUACCUGACCUACGUCACCACCAACGUGGCGGGGCUGUCCUCAGACAUCUGCUCCACCUUCGAGGCCUGCGAGAAGUUCCUGCUGAAGAACAAGGAGGACCUGAUCUCACGGCUGCAGGACUUUUAGAGCCACGGCCCCCUGCUGACAGACGGACAGACAGACAGAUGAGGGGACACUUCUGUGGUGGAAGGGAACGUGGGAUGGUGGCACCCAGACCCUGCCUCCCUGGGGGCUUUGGUCCCAGGGGCUGGGGUGGAGGGGCAUUGCUGUACCACCUCACCCCCUGCACUGAUGUGUCACACCUCUUCUUCUUUCUUUUUUAUUAUUUUAUUUAGAAAUUUUGUAAGCUGAUGUACAGGACGUGGUUUUCUAGUUCACUUAACACUACUUGAAUCUUUGUAUGAUCCAAAAUCUUCCCAAGCCAGAUUAUUUUUUUCUGUGGGACAUAACUGGUUCCUUUUGAGGCAGCAAAGGGAGAGAGGGGGCAGUGAUGUGGGGUGGCUGCAGUGAUGUGGGUGACUCU